CGGAGUCAGCCCCAGUCCCAUCCCGCAGCCUUUCCCAUCCCUGCUCGCAAUGGGGCCGCGGCGCGGGGAGCGGCGGCGCUGAUCCCGUCGGCUCCCGGACUUUGCCCGGGCCCUCUCCGCGCUGCGCGGGCGGCUCCGCCGAAGGACCCCAUCACCGCCGGGUGGGAGCCGCCGCACCGGAAGGGCCUGGAAGAUGCGGCCCCUCUUGCAGGUCCUGUUGGGGCUGCUGCUUGCGGCAUCUGUCCAGGGCAGGGCGAUGGAGCCAGACUCACUGGCAUCGGGUGAUGAUGAUGAAGAUAGCGAUGGGGAUGGUCCUCACAGAGACCGAAACGAGGAUCCCAUCAACGUGCACAGAGCUCCCUACUGGACUCACCCACACCGGAUGGACAAGAAGCUGUAUGCAGUCCCUGCAGGCAACACAGUGAAGUUUCGCUGUCCAGCCUCGGGCAGCCCCAGCCCCAGCAUCCGCUGGUUCAAAAACGGCCGAGAGUUCCGAGGGGAGCACCGCAUUGGGGGCAUCCGGCUCCGGCACCAGCACUGGAGCCUGGUGAUGGAGAGCGUGGUGCCUUCUGACCGUGGCAACUACACCUGCCUGGUGGAGAACAGGCUUGGCAGCAUCCGCUACAGCUACCUCCUGGACGUGCUGGAGAGGUCCCCACACAGACCCAUCUUGCAGGCUGGGCUGCCCGCCAACACUACUGCUCUGGUGGGCAGUGAUGUGGAGUUCUUCUGCAAGGUCUACAGUGAUGCCCAGCCCCACAUCCAGUGGCUGAAGCACAUCGAGGUGAAUGGCAGCAGCUAUGGUCCUGACGGGGUCCCCUACGUGCAAGUGCUCAAGACUGCAGACAUCAACAGCUCUGAGGUGGAGGUGCUGUACCUGCGUAAUGUCUCCAUGGAGGAUGCUGGCGAGUACACCUGUCUGGCAGGGAACUCCAUUGGCCUCUCCUACCAGUCUGCCUGGCUGACUGUGCUGCCAGAAGAGGGACUGGUGCGGGAAGCUGAAGCCCCUGAGGCCAAGUACAUGGACGUCAUCAUCUACACCUCGGGCUCACUGGCCGUGGCCAUGGCCGCCAUCAUUGUGGUGCUGUGCCGGAUGCAGACUCAGUCUAGCAAACAGCCCCUGGAGCCCAUGGCCGUCCACAAACUCUCCAAAUUUCCUCUUAUCCGGCAGUUUUCCCUGGACUCCAGCUCCUCCGGGAAGUCCAGCACAUCCCUGAUGCGUGUGACUCGUCUCUCCUCCAGCUGUGCCCCAAUGCUGUCUGGGGUCAUGGAGCUGGACCUGCCCCUUGAUGCCAAGUGGGAGUUCCCCCGAGACAAGCUGGUGCUGGGCAAGCCCCUGGGAGAAGGCUGCUUUGGCCAGGUAGUGCGGGCAGAGGCUUAUGGCAUUGACAGGGACCGGCCAGACAGAGCUGUCACUGUGGCUGUGAAAAUGCUGAAAGAUAAUGCCACAGACAAGGACCUAGCUGACCUCAUAUCUGAGAUGGAGAUGAUGAAGCUCAUGGACAAGCACAAGAACAUCAUCAACCUCCUGGGAGUCUGCACACAGGACGGGCCGCUGUACGUGAUUGUGGAGUUUGCUGCAAAGGGGAACCUGCGUGAGUACCUUCGUGCCCGCCGCCCCCCAACACCCGACUACACUUUUGAUGUCACGGCUAUGCCUGAGGAGCAGCUCUCUUUCAAGGACCUUGUCUCCUGCGUCUACCAGGUGGCCCGUGGCAUGGAGUACCUGGAGUCCAAACGGUGCAUCCACCGUGACCUGGCUGCCCGCAAUGUGCUGGUCACGGCAGAGAGUGUGAUGAAAAUCGCGGACUUUGGCUUGGCCAGGGAUGUCCAUGACAUUGACUACUACAAGAAAACCAGCAACGGCCGCCUGCCAGUGAAGUGGAUGGCACCAGAAGCCCUCUUUGACCGGGUCUACACCCACCAGAGUGAUGUGUGGUCCUUUGGGAUCCUGAUGUGGGAGAUCUUCACACUGGGGGGUUCCCCCUACCCUGGCAUCCCCGUUGAGGAGCUCUUCAAGCUGCUGAAGGAGGGGCACCGCAUGGACCGGCCAUCCAACUGCACCCAUGAGCUGUACAUGCUGAUGCGGGAAUGUUGGCAUGCUGUGCCCUCACAGCGUCCCACCUUCAAGCAGCUUGUGGAGGGGCUGGACAAGAUCCUGGCAGCUGUUUCAGAAGAGUACCUGGACCUCUCCAUGCCCUUUGAGCAGUACUCGCCCUCUUGUGAAGACACUGCCAGCUCCUGCUCCUCUGAUGACUCUGUCUUUACCCAUGACCCACUGCCGAUGGCUCCCCACCUCUUCUCCUACCCCAGCAUGAGGACUUAGUGGUGGGCAGGGAAGGGUGAUGCCAAGGCUGCCUCUGCUCUCAUCGGGAACAGGUCCGGGUUCCUGUAGGUCUCCCGCUUUGCCUCUUGUGAGUGGUGGGGGAGCAGGGCCCCAAGAUGCAGUGCUGGGGAAGAGUGCCCCUCUCUCUGGGCUCCAUUUCAGCACUGAGCCUCUAGUCAUGGCUGAGACCUGCCUGGCACUGCAGGGCAGCAGGAGCCAGAGCCUCUCCAGGACAGGCACUGCCUGGGAUGCCUGUGGCAUCACCCAGGAAGCCAGGUUUUGGCCAGUGCUUCAGUGUAAGUCUCUGGGCAAGAGCCCCACUGCCUGCCAGGCUCCCAUUGCCUCUGUACAUAGCCAUAGAGAUGAGUAUUUAUGUACGUGAAAUAUCAAACUGAUAAAUUAUUUUUUUUGAGUAGACCCUGA